CUCUCUCUCUCUCUCAGGCGAAACAUAAAAACAGAGGCGAAAGAAUUUUCUUUUUGGUCUCUAUAUUCCUGUAUUGCCUUGCCUCACCUCAACACUUCAACCUUCGUGUCCAUGACAUCUCUGCUUUCUCCUUCAAGAAGAAGAAGAAGAAGUUGACAAUCGAGGUUAAUUGUUGCAUAACCCAAAAACCCAUUUGCCUAGGUUAUCUCUUCUUCGUGGGUUUUAACGUUCAAGUUCUUCGAUGGAGAUUGAUUCUGUUUGUCUGCAUAGUGACAUGGAAGAUACUCAGGAUGAAUAUGCUGAGCAACCAUUUUCUCCAUCUCCUUGUGAAAUGGGAGAUAUUUUUGGAGAUCCACAGGUGCUUCCUUGUAUAGGAGAUGAAUAUCAAGCAGAAAUUCCUCUUCUAAUUGCAGAAUAUGAUCGUGUACAGUUUAUAAAUACAUCAAGAAAUUCAGAUUUCAUGGUCAAUAUUCACAAGUCUUUUCUACUGGGGUUACCCAUCCCCCUUUUGUGGUCACAUGCUGGAGUUGAAAACAUUAAUGGGACUGUAGAAUUUGAAAACAGUGAGGGGAGCCAGAUUACUUCUAACAAUGAAUUUCCAGAAGUUAAAGUUGAACCACUGGAUAGUCUAUCUGGCUUUAGGAAAAACUUAGGAGUUCAUUCAAACAUUCAACAGGUGGCUGGAAGUGAUAAGAUGGAAGUGGACUCAGUCCUGCUGCAAUCUGAAACUAAAAUGGAUCUGGUAGAAAGAGGUUUCUAUCCUUUGCCUGGCUUAAUGCGUGAAUCAUGGACAGAUGUUGAAUGUGAUAGUUUUCUUCUUGGUCUAUACAUAUUUGGGAAGAAUCUUGUUGCUGUAAAGAAGUUUGUUGAUAGUAAAGAGAUGGGUGAUAUAUUGUCUUUCUAUUAUGGAAAGUUUUACAGGUCUGAUGGAUAUCACAGGUGGUCAGAGUGCCAUAGACUAAGAAGUAGACGAAGCAUCCAUGGACAAAAGAUAUUUACUGGGUGGAGGCAACAGGAACUAUUAUCACGAUUAUUUUCCCAUGUUUCACAGGAAUGCCGGAGUGUGCUACUCGAGGUAUCUAGGACAUUUACAGAGGGGAAGAUUUCAUUUGAAGAAUACAUUUUCACUCUAAAAGGUGCAGUUGGCAUCAAUGUGCUUAUAGAAGCAGUAGGCAUUGGCAAAGGGAAGCAUGAUCUCACUGACAUUGCCAUGGAGCCAAUAAAGUCCAAUAACACAAUUUUGGUUCGUCCUGAAAUACCAACCGGCAAGGCCUGCUCCUCUCUUACAUCUGCAGACAUUAUCAAGCUUCUGACAGGAAAUUUUAGGUUAAGUAAAGCCCGAUCCAGUGAUCUCUUCUGGGAAGCUGUUUGGCCCAGACUUUUAGCAAGAGGAUGGCACUCUGAGCAGCCUAAGGAUAAUGGCUUUUCUGGUUCUAAGCAUUCUUUGGUAUUUCUCAUUCCUGGUGUUAAAAAAUUUUCAAGGAGAAGACUUGAGAAAGGUAACCACUAUUUUGAUUCCAUUAGUGAUGUCUUGAAUAAAGUUGCAUCAGAUCCAGGACUACUUGAGCUUGAAAUUGAAGCAGCCAAAGGCAGCCAACAUAAGGAAGAAUGUGGAUUGGAUCCACCCUUAAAACAGGACCAAGAUGAUGUGUCAAAUAAGCAAUGCCAUUUUUACCUCCAGCCUCCGACUGCAAAUUAUAAUAGGCAUGUACAGAAAUUUACUGUUGUGGAUACCAGUUUGGCUCAUGGAGUAGAACAACCUAAGGUGAGAGAGCUCAUAAGUUUACCUGUUGAAACUAUUAGUGUGUCUACCUUCUCUAGUCUUUCUAGUGAAACUGAAGAAGACACUUCUGAAGACUCACAAGAGGAAGCAGAAGAAACUCAGACCUCAAAUCCAGCAGAGAAUGCGACUGAGAUGAGAAUUUGUGUCGACUCAACAUAUUGUACAAAUAAUCUUCUAAAUAUUGGCACAAGUAAUAACCCUGAUCCCAGUAUUGCAGCUGAGGAAAAUCAUGAAAAUAUAGAAAUAAGUCUUAUUAAUAAAAAGGAGGAAAGGAAGACUAUGAAGUAUCAAUUCAGGCGGAAAGUAAAGUCUGGUUGCUCAAAAUAUUUGGUUCCUAUUACAAGGCAGCAGGGUACUAUUGCUUGUGACAGUGGACAGUCGAACUGGAGCACUAAAAAUAUGUUUGCAGACAGGAAGUUAAAUAAAGAUGAGACCCACUACAUGUCCAACUCGCCUGAUGCAUGUGAGGACAGGAUUUUCCAGGUGAGCCCACCUCAAAUUUCAUCAUCUGCCAGUUCUUUGGUUAAAGACAGUCCAGAUGAGAGCAAUGAAGGAAUUGUUGUUGAGAAUUGCCUAGUUAGGGAAGCAUCUCCAGAAAAACCUCAAUCUCCUAAGUUGAUUGACUUGAACAUCCCUCAUGUAUCACCGGAUUUUGUGGCUGAAGAACCUAUCAUGGCAGACAUGGAGCAAAACAAUGACAGUUCAUCCCUUCUAUCAGGUACAGGCCAGCAACCUGAGCCUUUUAAACUCUGUGACAAUGGGGCUGAUCCAUGGCAACAAUCUUUAGCAAGUAACCGGAGGCAGAGUACUAGGAACCGUCCAUUGACCACGAAGGCAUUGGAAGCUUUAGAAUUAGGAUUUUUCAGCACAAAGAAAAAGAGAAAAGGUGCAGACAUGCCUGAAAGUAACUCGAUAUCAAGGCCUUCUAGGCGAGUUUGUGGAAGGAUUGGCUUUGAAGCAAUUUCGAAGAAAGGUUCUAUGAAUGAGGUCACGGACUCCAGAACAGGAGAGUUUUUGGAUGGUUUCCAGGGUGACACAGACAUGGUUAAUAAGUCAUAAGUUUUAAUGAUAGGAGAAAGGACCUUUUUUGAAAGGACUUUGCUAAUCCAGGUCUUCUCUAUGUUGUGUCCCUAGUCAAAAAUUUUCCAAUGCUUCCCUAAUCAUACUAGAAAAGAGCAGGAAUGCCUUAUUGAUUAAUAUUGCUGAUGGAAAGUUAAAUAUUACACUAGUUGAUGAAGAUACAAAAGUCAGAUGAAGCUUAGAGGGAUACAUUGCCAAAAAAAUGUUACUUAACAUCUAUAAGUAACUGAUGUAAAUGGCAGUUUCUUUGCAAGGGAGGUUCUGCUUGAUCUAUCCCAUCCCCAACCUUGAUGGAGAAGCAGAAAAUUGUGAGCUAGCUCGUUGAUCCUCAUCAUGUACACGUGAAUAUACGUAUUAUUACGUUGUGUGUGUGUAUAUAUAUAUAUAUAUAUCUCUUUUGAAAUUUGUAGAACUUAAAAUGAAAUAAUGGUUUAUGACAUAUGGAUAUAUGCUCUUUGUUCUUUGCUCUUAGGGCAACCCAUACACUAGAGAAGGGAAAUAAAGAAAGAUGAGAACCUGCUGAAA